AAGGGUUGAGAGAAUUAACCUGGUAAACUAGUUUGUUUUGUAAAUUAGAUUAUGCAUUUUAGACUGUGCCACGAAGAUGCAGUGAAUGUCUGCCGAUGCCUCUCUCUUUUAGAAAGUAAUGGAAUAACACAGAGCUUGGGAAUAAUAGUCACCUCAGCUUUCAAUCCCUGCCGGAUCAGAACUACAUUCACUGGCUUGUUUUUAUUUUUCACUCCAUCAGCCGGUAUCCCUGGCACUGUUUGCAAACCAGCGAUGCUGGUUAAAGUGCUUCUAUCAAAAGAGUUUAUUUGCAAUUAAGAACUUAAGAAUUUCUUAAACUGGAAAUACUGAGUGCAGCCAUGUGUCAGACCCUGGGUUCGGGUGGCUUUGCCCGAAAUUAGAGUUUUCAUAGGAGCUGUAUGAUGUUGUGAAAACAGGGUUGUAUUGAGGGAUAAAAAUGUCUGUGAAAAUAUGAUUUGUUGUCCCUUUUUGUUUCUGAAUUGUUUUUGGCUGGAAGUCAAGGCCAGCAGGCUAACAGCAAAGCCGUCUCAAGGGAAGCAUGCAUGAGCUAGAAAAAUAAGAGUACUUUAAUUAAAUAAUAAAAUGCCAGUGUAAUACAAAGGUAUAGCAUGUGUGUGUUUGUGCCUCUGUGCACUCGGCAUUUGCAUACUUUUAACUCUCCAGAGAAAGCCCAGUUCUAAAAACACUAUCAAUAGCCCAAAGUGUAAGCUUUGUUUUAGGACAAUUGAGUUUUUAUAGAUGCUUUCUUUUUAAUUUCAGUAUCAAUGUUAAUCGUAAGUUUAGAAUCUUUCUUUUUUUUUUUUUUAAAGACUUAGACUUUCUUUUUAUAAGUGCAUUGGCUUCUUACUUUGGAAAACUCUUCAUAGAAUUUAAUAAUCCUCUUUAACAUUCAAAGCUUUCUCCUGUUGUGUUCUCCACCCAAACAGAACGUAAGUUCUUUUUGUGCUGGAAAGGGAAUGCUUGCUCUCUUGAACCCUGUCACCUUCCCACUUUCUUUAAUGAUAUGGGAAAAAAUCCACUUGGAAUUUUUUAAGCCUGUUUAAUAUAGCCUGAGAAACAUAAGCCAACAGUUUUAGUGAUUGAAUUGAGCCCAUAAAGGAUGUUACCUUUACUUAUCAGUCCUAAUUACUAAAGGUGGAAUUCUGGUGGAGGUUUUUAAAUUUUUUUUCUCUGGAGAUACUUGGAUUUUUAAAGUUUACUCCUUUGGCCCAGCCACCAAUUCAGUCCUAGUCGGCAUCGAAAAGAUUUGUUGCAAUGAGGUGAACGGUGCUUGGUUAAGAACUCUUGCUGCAAAGCUGCAGAGUACAGUUUAUGGCAGUUUGUUUGGAAAGAAUUCUGCAGGAAAGAAAUUUACAGCCAUUCCAGUGCAACGGAAACAUCUUUGGAAUGUGAGUGCAAAUGUUCGGGGUAGAUAGCUUGGGCGACAAGCCUCUCAGUGCCGAGUCUCUGGUGUAAAGCUCUCAAUUCCUGAAGAAGAGGCUGUUCCUGUGUAUCUGGUUUCUGGGGGUCAAGGCAGAGGUCGCUGGAGUUUUGGGGAGAAGAAAGUUGACAACAUCCUUCCUUUAUGCAGAUGGUCAUGGCAGAGGUCUCUGUUUUUGCGGGGCCUUUUUUUCUGGUCAAUGAGAGAAUAGGCUUCCUCGCCCCUGUAUCCUUUCUUACUAAUAGGAAUUGGCGUGAUUCCUCACAGACACAAAGAUUUCCUCUGCUGAGUAAGCGCGAGGCCCCUUAACUUGUUAAAGCAUCAUCCAGACCGCGUGAGUCUGUCUGUGUAUGUGCAGGGACACAGACCCUCCCUCGGUUUGUGGGAAAUACUUCCCUCGGGUGAAACUGAAGUUAAUUUUUUUGGCAAACACAAGCUAUGCAAACCAAAAAGAAAGGCAGAGUGUCAGUAUCUUGGGCUUCAAGUCUAAAUAGCAGAUCACAGCUGAAACGAUUCCCCACUGUGUGGCAAGCAGAGUCUCCUUGGAGGUGACAUGGAUAUGGGCAACCCAGGAACCCUUUCGCCCACCAAACCUGGUUCCCAGUAUUAUCAGUAUUCUAGCAAUAACCCCCGAAGGAGGCCUCUUCACAGUAGUGCCAUGGAGGUACAGACAAAGAAAGUUCGAAAAGUUCCUCCAGGUUUGCCAUCUUCAGUCUAUGCUCCGUCAGCUAGCACUGCCGACUACAACAGGGACUCGCCAGGCUACCCUUCCUCAAAACCAGCAGCCAGCACUUUCCCCAGCUCCUUCUUCAUGCAAGAUGGCCAUCACAGCAGUGACCCUUGGAGCUCCUCCAGUGGGAUGAAUCAGCCUGGCUACGGAGGAAUGUUGGGCAACUCUUCUCAUAUUCCACAGUCUAGCAGCUACUGUAGCCUGCAUCCACACGAACGUUUGAGCUAUCCAUCACACUCCUCAGCAGACAUCAAUUCCAGUCUUCCUCCGAUGUCCACUUUCCACCGUAGUGGUACAAACCAUUACAGCACCUCUUCCUGUACACCUCCUGCCAACGGGACAGAUAGUAUAAUGGCAAAUAGAGGAAGCGGGGCAGCAGGCAGCUCCCAGACUGGAGAUGCUCUGGGGAAAGCACUUGCUUCGAUCUAUUCUCCAGAUCACACUAACAACAGCUUUUCAUCCAACCCUUCAACUCCUGUUGGCUCUCCGCCUUCUCUCUCAGCAGGCACAGCUGUUUGGUCUAGAAACGGAGGACAGGCCUCAUCAUCUCCUAAUUAUGAAGGACCCUUACACUCUUUGCAAAGCCGAAUUGAAGAUCGUUUAGAAAGACUGGAUGAUGCUAUUCACGUUCUCCGUAAUCACGCAGUGGGCCCGUCCACAGCUAUGCCUGGUGGUCAUGGGGACAUGCAUGGAAUCAUUGGACCUUCUCAUAAUGGAGCAAUGGGUGGUCUGGGCUCAGGGUAUGGAACCGGUCUUCUUUCAGCCAACAGACAUUCACUCAUGGUUGGGGCCCAUCGUGAAGAUGGCGUGGCCCUGAGAGGCAGCCAUUCUCUUGUGCCAAACCAGGUUCCGGUUCCACAGCUUCCUGUCCAGAGUGCAACUUCCCCUGAUUUGAACCCACCCCAGGACCCUUACAGAGGCAUGCCCCCGGGGCUGCAGGGCCAGAGUGUCUCCUCCGGCAGCUCAGAGAUCAAAUCCGACGACGAGGGCGAUGAGAACCUGCAAGACACAAAAUCUUCCGAGGACAAGAAAUUAGACGACGACAAGAAGGAUAUCAAAUCAAUUACUAGGUCAAGAUCUAGCAAUAACGAUGACGAGGACCUGACCCCGGAGCAGAAGGCGGAGCGUGAGAAGGAGCGGAGGAUGGCCAACAACGCCCGCGAGCGCCUGCGGGUCCGCGACAUCAACGAGGCUUUCAAGGAGCUUGGCCGCAUGGUGCAGCUCCACCUCAAGAGCGACAAGCCGCAGACCAAGCUCCUGAUCCUUCACCAGGCCGUGGCCGUCAUCCUCAGCCUGGAGCAGCAAGUCCGAGAAAGAAAUCUGAAUCCGAAAGCCGCGUGUCUGAAAAGAAGGGAGGAAGAAAAGGUGUCCUCGGAGCCUCCCCCGCUCUCCUUGGCCGGCCCACACCCCGGAAUGGGAGAUGCGUCAAAUCACAUGGGACAGAUGUAAAAGGGUCCAAGUUGCUACAUUGCUUCAUUAAUACAAGAGACCACUUCCUUAACAGCUGUAUUAUCUUAAACCCACAUAAACACUUCUCCUUAACCCCUUUUUUUUGUAAUAUAAGACAAGUCUGAGUAGUUAUGAAUCGCAGACGCAAGAGGUUUCAGCAUUCCCAAUUAUCAAAAAACUGAAAAACAAACAAAAAAAAAAAAAAGAAAGAAAAAAGUGCAACUUGAGGGAUGACUCUCUUUAACAUAUCAUUCAGAAUGUGCAAAGCGGUAUGUGCAGGCUGAGACGCAGCCCAGAGACUGAAUGGCAAUCUUUCCACACUGUGGAACAAUGCAUUUGUGCCUAAACUUCUUUUGGAAAAAAAAAUAUAAUUAAUUUGUAAGUCUGAAAAAAAAAAUAUUUAAUUUAAAAAAUUGUAAACUUGCAAUAAUGAAAAAGUGUACUUCUGAAGAAAACUACAUGAACGUUUUUGUUGGUAUUCAAGUCAGCUAGUGUUUAUAAUUACUGGAUAUUGAAUAAGGGAAGCUCGGCUGCCCUAGUAACAAAACCAGCAAACGUCCUGAUGACAACGAAGUGAUGACAUUAGCCAUUCCUUAGGGUAGGAGGAACAGAUGGAUCUUAUAGACCUAUGACAAAUAUAUAUAUAAAUAUAUAUAUAAAUAUAUAUUAAAAAUUUAGUGACUAUGGUAAGCUUUUGUUCAUUUGUUUCAGACUUUUUUCUCCUGUAAAAAAAUAGUACUGAUUAACUUUUUUAAAAGAAAGAUUUUACUGUAAAUACGGAAUUUUUUUUUUUUCGGUCUUAUUUCUGUCCCUUUUCCCGGUUUGUUAUCGUAACCUGUAGUGCCCACUCUGCUUCCGGAGGGGUAGUGCAGGAUAAAAUGCUGACCCUGAUGUUGCUUUUCAUUCAUAAAUAAGUAGAAAGUUGUUUCUCCAGUCUUUUGGGAACACAGGACUUAAAAGUCACAUCAUGUGUAGAUAUUACAAGCAGCAUUACCAAGACAUGGCAAAAAGAGUUUGUCUGAAUUGUAAUGUUGCGUUUGUGACCCUAUUCUGGGAUUUUCAGAGGUACAAGGUUAGAAUGCUACAAUGUUACCACUGUGCCUUCCAAUGUUUAUAUCAUCGGAAACAUAACAUAAUCAAAGUGGCUGUGAUUUAACAAAAUGAUUAAAGUGUUACCUACAUGUGUAGCCGAAGUAGUGUGCAGUGAGGCGUUUCUGAAUACAUGGUCAGAUUUUUGGAAAAAAACAAAAACAAAAAAAAAACAAGUUCAAAAACCAUCAAAUGAGAAAAUUGCAAGUAGUGUGACAGAGCUGAUUGAUUUUGUUGCUUUCUUGAUUUUUUUUUUUUCAAAAUGGGUUUACUAAGAUGUAGAUGACUUAACUGCCUCCUCCUUUGUCUGAAAAAUGCCAAUAUUCAAUCAUCAUGCAGCAUUAUAACAAGCCUUAUAAGUCCUAAAGCAUUAAGUUGCACUUUCUUGAGGAGGGGUAGUGCAGUAUUUUCUCUGGCCAGUAUGAAUGAAGUUUAUACUUAACAUAUUUGAUAGAAGCAUAGAUCAAGCUAUGGCACAGCAACUCGUCAGAUAGCUAGCUUUGAUGUCUGGGCACAAUUGAACCAACUUCCAUCGUGAAUCUUUAUAAUGAUUGACUUUGGUGUAUAGUGCAGUAAACAAAUAGUGCUCCUAGUUAAGUAUUUGUCAGCAUCCUUUUGUCUCUAACUCGUUUCUGUUUUUACAGCCACACAAUCUUGGCAUGUAUUAAGAAAAAAAAAAUCCCUGUUCAAGUAGUUUUUCCACCUAUCAGCACUGAGUAAAUGCCAUAAAUCCAUCGAAAUGGUCUAAAUGUUCCAUCUGUUCUCCUGUUUUGCCAGUUAUAUAGUAAUGAAAUACAUUUGUAAAUUUUAUGCAACAAAUGGCAAACGUAUCAUUAUUUUGAAAUUGUGUAUGUAAAAGUUAUAUUUUUACAUGUAGACUCUUGUUAUUAUGUGUUUUAAUACAUUGUAUUGUUUUUUGUUUCUUUUUUAAACUGUGUGGUUUUAAAAAACGUCUCAUUUAAAUGAAAUAGUGAGCUACAAGAAUCGGAAUUUUUAUGUUCAUUUCUGAAAAUGUAAGAACAAAUAAGAUAGUUACCACGUGGUCAUCUUUACAAACCCAUAAACAUUUUGAUUAGCUGUGUGUGUGUGUUGAAAACUGUAAAUAUGUUCAGUAGCGAUAAAACUAAAAUUCUUUGAUUUGUUGAUAAGUUCCUAAAAUGUGGAGGUGGAUUAAAACUUUAGGCGAAUAGCAGAAAUCAAACUUCAUGAAAUUAUUUUGAGGCUUUCCUGUGAAGUAUACGAACAAAGGGGCCCAAAGAAGGGCAUGGAAGACAGCAUUGUACACUCUCCCCUCCUCCUGAAUGACGGAAACCAUGUGUACUGUUCCCCCAGUGUAUUGAAGAUUUCCUUUUAGUGGUACAUUCUGCACUCAUUUUGUAUAGUCUACCAAGGCGGGUAUCCCUCAGAACAAUAUAUAGGAAGCAGGUAUACUUAAUCACAUUCAGGAGAAGUGUACAGAAGAAAAUACGGUGUUUACUCUUUAGGGAACUGGAAACACUCCCUGCAUUGAUGUACAUUUUAAGAAUGGCACUUUUGAUACGUGUUAUCAUAAAGGUGCUUAACAGAGCUGAUUUAAAGUUUUUCAAAUCUGUAAGCAAAGCAAAAAAAAUUAAAUUGUAGUUAUUUGAUUAUCUUUUAAAUUGGUGCUUUCUAUUUUGUUCUCAAACAGAGUAAAAGCUGCAAUUUAUUGUUCACCAGCUUUGAUGUAUUCAUUACUCAGUAAUGUAAUACCUCUAUUCUUGAAUUCCCUUUGGAAAUAUGUGAAAAACUUUCUAACGGCCACCAGAAGCUGCUCACUACUUUUUGCUUGGUGGAGAAACAUUAUCUGCACCUGUCUGUAUUCACUGGGUUGUAUCCCCACUUAAAAGAAAAGAGAGAUGGAAGGGAAUGUGGCCUUGUUAGUGUGUUUUUCUUGUCGUCGUUUUGUAAUUAUUAAACCCAGGUAAGAUAUUGGUAUCCUGCGCUGGAUUUUCAAAUGAAAUUUAUUAGAAGACAGUUAUGAUUAAAGUACUAUACAAAGUUGUCAUAAGGGUCCAUACUAUACUAUAUAUAUGAUGAUACUUAGGCUGGGGAUCUGUUUAAGAGACUUGGACUUUAAAAGCAACUUGGAACAGUUGAUCCACCUCCACAUUCAAGUAAUUUAUGAAUAUGCAGAAUAGGGAUCUGUUCAUCUAGAAAUUUUUACCAUUUGUCUUCUGUGUAGCUGCAAGGAACACUAAUGUUUAUACAACUGUCAGUCCACCCAGUAACACAACUGGUUCUGAUUCAGUCUUCCAAUUCCUUUUGUUUUUUUUGUUUUGCUUUUUCCUAUUUGAUUUUUUUUUUUUUAAUUUGUGAUCUUUACUUUGAUGAGUGGUUGGGGGGUUGGGAAGGGAGUUGAACCAAGACUUGGGGGUUAAGAGGAUUUUCGUCUUGGAUCCAACAGGCAGAAUAUGAUCUGUGUCCAAAAGUGAACUUGAGUCAGGAAUGAAACAAUUUCAGCAUAAACAAGCACAAAAAUUUAGUCUGCUGGCUGACUGGAAACGAAAAAAAAAAAAUGUCAAGAUGGAAUAUGAUGAAUUCCAACACAAUGGGGCACCAAGGCCUUGAGGCCUCUCGUUUUAUUUCGCUUUAAUUUUGUUUGUUACUUUAGAGACAUGCUCUUCCUCAUGGGACUUGAAGUGGACUCAUCUUUGUGUAGUGCUGGUUCUGCCAUACUCAUUUCAAGUAUUAUAGACAUAUGUAAUGGUGAAAAUAUAUGAACUGUGGCCUUUUUCAUUCUUGUUACUUGUGAUGCAAUUAAGUGAAGAUAAGAAAAAAAAAGCAGAGAUUUACCAUGUAUCAGUGCCUGGCUUUUUGUUAUAAAGCUUUGUUUGUCUAGUGCUCUUUUUGCUAUAAAAUAGACUGUAGUACACCCUAGUAGGAAAAAAAAAACUAAAUUUAAAAAUAAAAAAUAUAUUUGGCUUAUUUUUCGCAGGAGCAAUCCUUUUAUACCAUGAAUAUUACAAAAAAAAUGGUCAGAUUCUGAAUAUUUCUUCUUUGUAGAUUUUUGGAAUCAUUAUGAGUAAAAGUUUGUUACUUUAUUUUACUAUUUAAAAGAUGUUAUUUUACCAUGUGUUACUGAGAUGAAACUGUAUGGUAGCUUUUUUUUUGUUUGUUUUUUGUUUUUUGUUUUGUUUUUUUAGUUGUAGGUCGCAGCGGGGAAAUUUUUUGCGACUGUACACAUAGCUGCAGCAUUAAAAACUGAAAAAAAAAUGUUAAAAAAAGAAAAAAAGGGAAAACAUUUCAAAAAAAAAGAUAAACAGUUACACCUUGUUUUCAAUGUGUGGCUGAGUGCCUCGAUUUUUUCAUGUUUUUGGUGUAUUCCUGAUUUGUAGAAGUGUCCAAACAGGUUGUGUGCUGGAGUUCCUUCAAGACAAAAACAAACCCAGCUUGGUCUAGGCCAUUACCUGUUUCCCAUCUGUAGUUACUCGAUGAAGUCAUGUACAUGACCGUUCUGUAGCAAUAAAUGUGCCAUUUUUAUAAACUGUU